GCCACGUUGCCCACGUUGCCGUUGACCGAACGCCUCCUCGCCAGAGAUAAUACAUAUCUAUAAAGGGGGCGUUGGCGCGUUGGUUCGACUGUAGUGACUGUAGUUCGACAAAGAGGACGAAGCUGCGGCCAUGGCCACCCUGAAUAUGACCAUCAUCCAGGAGUUGGGCCUGGAAAAACGGGGAUUCCGCGCCGUGGCACCCAACGACAAAACCACCUGCUACAUGCCCGGUUUCAAGAACGCCUCUCACUGCGUCCUGUGGGCGACGAGCGACGCCAGGGCGUCCGGAAACAACCCCGUCAGGGCGCUGAUCCUGAUGCAGUUCCGCGUCGACGGCAGCCUGGGGUUUCCAGGAGGCUUUCUGAACCCGGGAGAGUGCCCCGCCGCCGCCGCCAACCGCGAGAUGAGGGAAGAGAUUAACCUGGACACGAGCAAGCUGUUCGUGACGCCCAACAACCAUCUCAUCACGUUCAUCAACGACCAUAGCAAGGUGGUGCUGCAUUUGUACUCCUUGGAGAUCGGGGAGGAGGACUUCAAACAGCUCGAGAAGAGGAUCCUGGAGGCCCCCCACUAUGGACGGGAGACCCUGGGCUUCUUCAGGGUGCCGCUCUUCAACAUAGCCACCGGUGGGUUCGAGACCCUGCUUCGACAGGUCUUCAUCGGGAUGGCCAUGGAGCAGCUGUUGUACGCGCUGGUCAAGCUCGGCAUUAUGACGUCGGAAGAAGUGAUGACUGUGGGUUGUCUGAAAAAAGGAGUGUAACGGGGUGGAAUCUCGCGUUAAAAGUGGGUGCUCGCUCGAAGUGGCGUUCCUUGUGACGUUCAAAGGAGUUUGCAUCUUAAAUUUCCAGCGUAUUGCACUAAAACCCGUAUUCAGUGUGUCUAUAUCGUCUAAGUUUACCAAACGUUAAUUUCUAGUGUCUCAGGCCAGUGUAUAGUCAGGAAUUUGUUUUUGGGGGAGGGGGAGGUGGGGGGGAAGUGUAGCUAGGAUGUCCGUGACUUGGGGAGGGGGGGAAGGGGUGGGGUCACAAUGCAUGAGUACAUUUCAUAUAGGUUCGGCUGGACUUCCACUGGCUACGUCACUGUCGCAGACGUCAUGGCUUCGCUAUGCGUCUUGAGGAACGCUGGUAACGAAAUACAGAUGAAUGCAUGUUCUGUAACGACUGUAACCCAUAAGUUUAUAUUUCAUAAAAAAAAAAAAGGAAAACUGUGUAGUGUUUGACAUGUUCCGAUUGAGCGAAGCUCGCUGCUGAUGGACUGGGCGACAUUCGCCCUGCUUGAUCUUAAAUUUAACGAUAGGAUGGUGACGACAGUAAAAGAGUCCUUCAUGCGGGGUAAGACCAGGGCCAGACAAAUGUCAGGAAGGCAGGGUUAAAAAAGUGAAAGCCAUUUACAACUCCCUGUAACGCCGAAUUGGAGCGCAGCUCUUGAGGAGGAGGAGGGAAGGGUACUGGAGGAGGGUAGACCCUUCCUCCUUCUCCUCCCCUCAUUCUUGAAUAUGCUCCGGGGGGGGGGGGGGGGGGGGGAGGCGGAGUUACGUGACCCCCAAGGUCGCAUGACCUUGGUGGGUCACUUGACCUUGGGGUUACCUUGGUUACGGCGACGCCGCUCAGGCCGGAAACGGGCACUUGAGAGCUGCGCUCUAAAAAAUUGGGAAUUGGGGGGGGGGAUUUUUUUUAAUUUCCCACUCUUCUACUUCGUGACGACACUUUUUGGCACUUCUUUUUAGAGAACAGCUACGAACAGUUCACGGUGUUGAAUAGCUUAAUGUUAACACAUUUAAGCUCUCCUAAAGCGGUGCUAAAAUGGCAGAACGCAUAUGUGAAUGGAAACUUGGGUUACUUUUCUACAUUGGCUUUACAAUUUUAGCGAAUGUUUUACUUUUCAUUUGCUAUAUGGGGAGCAACAACGUGGCGAAGAGGCGCAAAAUAAAAUCGGAUGUACCCUGCGCGGCACUGUUAGCGCGAACAA